CUUCUGCUCUUAGCUUCGAUUUAAAUAUUUAGCGGCAUUUAACCAUCACCAUUCGUCGUCUUCUUCUGACCGACAACUGGAAUUAACUCAUUUUGAAGUUCGAAGAUUAUAAUCUUGGGUUUUGGUUCUAGGUUUUCUUGAAAUGCUAGGAGCAACAUUGCAGAUUGCACGCGGCCACGGGGAGGAUCGGUUAUAUAGCCCCUCCAAGGCAUGGCGAGGCUACCAUCAGCAUCUCCAGUACCUUUCGAGGUCACGAAGCAGCAGUUCUGCUGGAGUUUGGUCUGUUCCGCCUCUAGUAUUAAAAGAGAAGGCUUCCGUUCCUGAGUUCCUUGAGCCGGAGGAUCGAACUGGAUCAGAAAUAGAGCCAUCAAAUGCUCAAUCUGUUUCAGCUUCUUCGGCUUCUUCUUCUUUGUGCUCGUCUUUGGUAUCCGAGAAUGCCCGUUCUAGUAACUUGGAUUGCUUCUUGGAGUCGACGACUCCGUCAAUUGCUGCUCAGUUUUUCUAUAAGACAACUAAGGGAGGGUGCUGGACAUGCGAUAUCGAGUGCCGGCCCUACUUCACUUUGGCGGAGCUUUGGGAUUCUUUCAAAGAGUGGAGCGCAUACGGGGCUAGCGUUCCUCUGAUUCUUAAUGGUAGCGAUUGCGUCGUUCAGUACUAUGUGCCAUAUUUGUCUGGUAUACAGUUAUAUGGUAAAUAUAGUGGGAGAUUUGGUGAAAAGAGUUAUGCUAACAAGUCUAAAGACUUCACUACUGACGGAAGCGGUGAACAUAAUUCUGGAAAGUGCAUGAAAUCAAAGGGCUUCAUUCAGAACACUUCCAAGUUUAGCAUAAAUGGAUUUUUCUUAAGAAAUAACGAUGUUGCCUUGACGGAUGAGUUUUUAAACAAUGACACUCGAAAUACUGAUGGUAUGCUGCUUUUUGAGUUCCUUGAGCAGAAUGCUCCACACAGUCGGGAACCUCUAACCAACAAGAUUUCAGAACUUUCCUGCCACUUUCCUGGAUUGAUGUAUCUUAGAAGUUGUGAUUUGUUGCCUACCAGUUGGAUUUCUGUUGCAUGGUACCCUAUCUAUCGGAUACCAACUGGGACAACAUUGAAGGAUCUUGAUGCUUGUUUUCUUACUUUCCAUCCUCUUUCAACACAAAUUAAAGGUAUCUUGUUUUUGUGAUAACGUUGCAUCUAGA